AUGGAUGAUCCAAAUGCAUUAUCAGUGGCACAAUUAACUGAUCAAUUGGGAUUACACAGUCUUAAACGAAAAUGGCAUGUGCAACCAACAGUUGCUAUUAGAGGUGAUGUUUUGGAUUGUUAUAAUUCAUUUUUCGGUCGUUUCGUAUCAAUUUAUGGUACAAUCAAUGGACAAGCAGUAGGAUGUAAAGGAACACUUAACGACUAUGCAUUGUGGACAGAACAACCAACACCAGUAGCAGAAGUAGCCAAUGGUAAAUUAUUUGUUACAGGUCCAGAAAACAACACUGUCAACGUCAUACAUGUCUAUGGUACACCCUAUCAAAUGGGUUAUGCUCAUGGUCAACUUUUAGCACCCAAGAUCCAAAAGAUGAUUCCCUUGUUUUUCCAGUACGGUGAACUUAGUAUUGCACAGUUUGUAGAAAAGUUCUCAGACAGAAUCCCCAAGGUAUUGCUUGAAAUCAUCGAGAAACUUGGUCUUGAAGCUGCUUUGGACUACAUCAUUGAAGAGACACGUCCAUUCACACCACCCUAUUUCUAUGAAGAGCUAAAGGGGUUGGCCGACGGCUCUGGAGUCAGCUACACCCUUUUGCUUCAAGUCCAUAUGUUCCCCGAGCUUACCAAGGCUGCCUGCUCGAUCAUUGGAGCAUGGGGAGAUGCCACCGACGAAGAAUUUAGACUGUUGCAACUCCGUGCCUUGGACUGGGGACUUUCUAGCCCGUUGAAUGCCUACCCCAUGGUCAUCGUCUACCAUCCACAAGCUGGCAAUGGUAACCCAUUUAGCGUGUUGGGUUGGACUGGUUUCAUUGGUGCUUUGACAGGUUACUCUCGUAAUCUAGGUAUUUCACAAAAAGUUUGGCUCAUGUAUGACGGUGAAUACAAACAUGCCGGUAUUCCAUUCUAUUUCAUUCUCCGUGACAUGCUCCAAUACGACAACACCGUCCAAGAAGCCAUCACUAGAAUCCAAGAUGCUCACCGUACCUGUUCCAUCUUUUUGGGCAUCGGAUCCAACUCUACCAUGACUGCCGACGUCGUCGAGUAUAGUUAUAGUUAUGUCAAUAUCUUUAAUGAUACCACCCCAUUCCCAGGCUACAAACCAUCACCACCACAACAUCCCAUUCUCAAGGAUAUUGUCUAUGUUGACCGUCACCCUCAACCCUCCUCGGACCCAUGUCUUGCCAGUCUCUUGCAAACCUACUAUGGAGCCAUUUCACCGCUAAACAUUAUCGACACUGUUUCACAAUCACAAACUGGUGAUCUUCACAUUGCCAUCUACGACUAUUACAACAACCAAAUGUACGUCUCGGUUGCUGCCACCACCGUUACCGAUUACCCAUUCCCACCAGGUACAGUCAUCUCUCCUGCCUUUGCCAAUCAAUUCAUUCAAUUAGAUAUGAAUACAUUAUUAACUUUACCUUAUUAA